UCGACCCACCCAGGGUUUUGUGUUUGGGAAGAAAAUCAAUAUCUGCGAAGCUUUGCAGAAAAUUAUGAUUAUGGAGGAUAGGCUUCCUUUCCAAUUUUUGAAUCUUGGGAGGGUUUCCGGCAAUGUUCGGUGACGAAUGAAGAUGCUGCGGAACUUUGCGAUGCAUCUGCUGCUAUUUCUCCUUAUUCAUUCUCUCGCCUCCUUUCCCUUAUGCUUAGCUAGGCUGUUUCCUACUAUUACCCGAUCCAAAUCUCAUCAAGUGCGUUUUUUUCAUCCUCAUCUUUAUCCAUCUCUUGCUCCAGCACCUUCACCAGCUUUGGCCCCCAACCCAAGCAUCAUUCCCACACCAACACACAAAGAUCAUCUCCACCAUCGUCUCUGGCAUUUAACACGCAAUGUGACUGCAGCUUCACCUUCCUCACACGACUGUCAACAGGCAUGCGUGGAGCCUCUUACUUCAUCUCCCUUUGGUUCACCUUGUGGUUGUGUCUUCCCCAUGAAAGUUCAGCUUCUGCUUAGUGUCGCGCCUUUUUCUAUUUUCCCUGUGAUCCGCGAGUUAGAAAUUGAGGUUGCUGCUGGAACAUACUUGGAACAAAGCCAAGUCAAAAUAAUGGGUGCCAGUGCAGACAGUGAAAAUCAAGGGAAAACAGUGGUGGAUAUUAACCUUGUUCCACUUGGGGAAAAAUUCGACAAUACUACGGCGAUACUUAUUUACCAAAGGUUCCGGCACAAGAAAGUGCCUCUAAAUGAGUCUGUUUUUGGUGAUUAUGAGGUUACACACAUAAGUUAUCCAGGAAUUCCUUCUUCUUCACCAUAUGGAGACAAUGUGGACGGUGCUCCAACUGCAAGUACUCGAGGGCUUCCAGUCACUGCAGCCUUUGCCAACAAAAGACAGGGAAUAGAUUUUAGAACGAUUGCAAUCAUUGUCCUCUCAGGUUUCGUGCUCGCGCUGGUUUUAUCUGGUGCUAUAUUUAUAGUCAUGCAAUGGAACAAAGUUGGGAUGUCAUCUACUGCUGUUGGCCCUGCAUUUGCUUCAUCGAUGAAGAAAAAACCUGGUGCUGGAUCUAUGUUUCCCAGUAGCCCCAGAAGCCCGGGAUCAGAUUCUUUGAUGUCUUCCAUGGCGACAUGUGCUUUGUCCGUUAAGACCUUUACACUUUCCGAGCUCGAGAAGUCAACUGAUAAAUUCAGUGCCAUGAGGGUUUUGGGCGAGGGAGGAUUUGGUCGUGUAUAUCAGGGCAGCAUGGAAGAUGGAACCGAGAUUGCAGUUAAAUUGCUAACUAGGGACAAUCAGAAUCGAGACCGUGAGUUUAUUGCAGAAGUCGAGAUGCUAAGCCGUUUGCACCACCGUAAUCUUGUAAAACUGAUUGGAAUAUGCAUUGAAGGCCGUACACGUUGCUUGAUUUACGAGCUCGUCCACAAUGGGAGUGUCGAGUCCCACUUGCACGAAGGAACGCUUGGCUGGGAUGCGCGGUUGAAGAUUGCACUUGGAGCAGCGAGAGGACUGGCUUAUCUCCAUGAAGAUUCAAAUCCCCGAGUAAUCCACAGGGAUUUCAAGGCCAGCAAUGUUCUCUUAGAAGAUGACUUUACCCCGAAGGUGUCAGACUUUGGACUGGCCAGAGAAGCUACCGAAAAAAGCCAACAUAUUUCUACUCGAGUCAUGGGGACCUUUGGGUACGUGGCCCCUGAGUAUGCAAUGACGGGACAUCUCCUUGUGAAAAGCGAUGUCUAUAGUUACGGUGUGGUUCUACUCGAGCUUCUCACCGGUAGAAGACCGGUAGACAUGUCUCAACCUUCGGGUGAAGAAAACCUUGUGACGUGGGCGAGACCUUUACUAGCCACCAGAGAGGGGCUGGAGAAACUGGUUGACCCCACAUUGGCUGGAACCUACGACUUUGAUGACAUGGCGAGAGUGGCUGCGAUUGCGUCCAUGUGCGUCCACCAAGAGGUCUCGCACAGACCGUUCAUGGGUGAAGUGGUGCAGGCACUUAAACUUAUAUACAACGAUGCAGAUGAGACAUGUGGUGGAGACUACUGCAGCCAGAAGGAGUCAUCAGUGCCGGACUCUGCAGACUGCAAAGGCGAUCUGGCUCCCUCAGAAAGUAGCUGGUGGAAUUUGACUCCUCGGUUAAGGUAUGGUCAAGCGUCCACGUUCAUAACCAUGGAUUAUAGCUCAGGGCCGCUUGAGGAGAUGGAAAACCGGCCUCACUCUGGCUCUAGCAUUCCUAGAGAAGGAGGCCUGUUUCUACCAAACAGGUCGGGUCCGUUACUGCCAGUUAGAAGUAGAAGAAGCUUAUUCAGAAUGGGAAGAAGCAUGAGCGAGCACGGUGGACCAUCAUCAUCUAGACAUCUCUGGCCCGGGAACGGCGACUGGUUCUGA